CCGAUCGUGAGCUUAAUAAUAGACGCAGAACCGAGCACGCCGAACAGGCGGAAACGGGGUUUGAUAGAAUCAGAAUUCAACCAGCGCGCUAGUCAGCAGUUGUAGCCUGGCAUCCGAACCGUGUGUCCGAGCUGUGUCGCUGUCUCGUGCGUUCGUACAACCUACAAGAUGGAGAUGUCGAUAGAGAGUUGGUUCAAUCUGCACUACUACGGGUUCGGGCACGGUGUGGACGGUGGCGGGUACGAUGACGACGAAGAGGAGGAAGAUGAAAGCGAAGAAGAGAAGCCGACACCGAAGGAACCGAUCGUGGAGGUCGACGAUCGUGAGUUUCCCUUUCACGACGAUGUGUUUUACAUCAACCUGAAGGGGCCGCGUGUUCGUACCGGCUUUGACAAUCUUCCAAUGGAGGUAAGAGUUGCUGAAUGCUUUGCUGAAUGCUUACAAGCUUUCUUCGAUCGCCAACAGAUCUUGCUGAACAUAUUUCGGUUCCUCAAUGGGGUGGAUCGUGAUGCGGCUGCCCUCACCUGCAAACGGUGGUUCGAUGCAAUGGGCUACCGAGAGUUCCUGGACGAGGUGUGUUUCCACUUCGAGGAGGUCAGCAUCUGCGACGGGACGCCCCCGAUCGCCCUCUUUCUGCGCAGCUUUCGUCACUUUUCCAACAUCAAGCUGACGCGCGUCCAGUUCAACGGGUACUGCGAGUUCUGGGACGUGUUCGGGGAGUAUCUGCGCGAGAUCACGUUCUGCAACUGUAUCACACUCACAAAGUCCAAGCUGACGAUGAUACUGAAGCGGCUUCCGUUUUUGGAGUGCCUAGCACUGGAGGAGGCGGACGAAUUCUUCAAAACUUGGACCCCGGUUGAGCUGAAGCGGAUCGAGCCGGUAUGCCGAUGUUUGCGCAAGCUGGCACUGAGGAAAAGCAAUGCGUUCACCGUCGAUCAUCUGUACUAUCUCGUCGCGAUGGGACCGAACAUUAGUGCGCUGGAGAUUUCCAAGUGUCUGAAGCAGAUCGAUGCACCAACGCGGGUCAAGAUACUUACCACCAUUCUGACGAUCAUGAAGAUGCGCAAGAAGAAGCUGCAAGCGGUCGACUUCAGCUACACCAUGUACGAUGAUCUGUUUCUGAAGCAGUUUGCCGAGAUUGAAAACAUGUCGCUGAGCCAGAUCAGUCUGUCCUUUUUCGAGCGGGCACCGAUCAAGGAUCCGGGAAUUAUCGAUAUAUUGCGCUGCCAGUCGGCGAUCGUACAUUUGGAUCUGUCGUCAUUUUUGAAUCUGACCGAUUUUGCGCUGAUUGAGAUUUCUACUUCACUUCGGAUGCUGAAAACACUCAAGCUGAAUGGUUGCUGGUUGCUGACGGACUUUGGCGUUGAAUCGAUCUACAAGCUCGACCGGCUGCAGGUGCUCGAUCUGUCCGACUGUGAUAAGAUCAGUGAUCGUGGGUUUAUGAAGGCGAUCGUUGACCGGCGACGGGAUUGUAUGAGCCAGCUGUACCUGAGCAUGCUGCCGGGGCUGACGGAUAGUGUGAUCUUGAAGAUUUGUCUGACGCUGCUCAACCUUACCGUGAUCGACUUCUGCGGUUCGGACUGCAUGAACGACACCUCGGUACAGUUUCUGUUUUGCUAUCUAAAGUGUUUGCGUAUUCUGCGGCUGAAUGGAUGCGUUAAGAUUUCUGAUGCCGGGCUUACGGGAGAAAACCUACCAGUAGCGGUGAUCGAGAUCUGGGACACGCAGACCACAUUCGCCAUCUGCGAGCUGCGCAGUCUGCAGGAGCUGCAGCUGUCCGGGUGCUUCAAGGUGACCGAUUUUACGCUGACCCAUGCAUUCCGCUUUCGAGAGUUGCGUGAACUCAAUCUGGCACAUUGCGUGCAGAUAUCCGAGCCUGGGAUUGAAGCAAUGUCCCUCAACUGCCCUGCGCUGGAGCAAAUCGAUAUGAGCGACUGCUUCCACGUGAACGAUCGAUGUGUGGUGGCAAUGGCGAAAAAUCUCGUGCGACUUCGUUCACUCAAACUCGUGCGACUUCCGCUGCUAACGGUUGCCAGUGUGGAUGCGCUGGUAGAGUACGCGAAGGCGCUGCGGUACAUCAACAUACGCGGCUGCCCCAAAAUACCGAAGGAUGCACCGGAGCGGUUGAAGAAAAUUUCCACCCUACGUAAUAUACCCAAGUGUUAGCCGCUUUGUGUCUGUGCUCUGUGCUGUCCCAUCGUGCUGUAUUCGUGUUCGUGGCCAAGCGUCCAGUGUUUAGUGUCGUUUGUGUUCAGUUGUUGUAGACUGUAGACUUAUGGUAUUAAGAUAUGUCAAUUUUUCCUC